UCAACCGGAGCACCCAGUAACUGUGUGUGCAUGUAGACAGCAUUUAUUCGAUGUUCCGUUAAGAAGAACAGAGUUGACGAAACAAGCUCCCCUCUCUCUUGCAUUGAAACUGCUCGAUGAUAUUUUAAGUCAGUGUCCGCAAUUAGUCGUGUUUGCCUCCAACUUGUUGGAGUUUCGUCGGAUGACCACAGAGUGUUUGUGUUCAGAGAUUUAAGAUACAUAAAUAUAAACAAUUACAAGAUAUUAAAUCCCAAUCGCUAAAAGCGAUUUCUUCGAGAUAGGUAGAUAGACAGAUAGAUGACCUUUAUUACCAUUAUUAAGAAAAUAAAAAAAUUAAAACAACAAAAAGAAAAAAGAACAAUUAAUGUUGCUGGUAAUAAGUAUAGUGCUUACAUAGUGCAAUAUUCCCAUACAGUGGUUACAUGUGUGCAUAGCAGGAACUGUUAACAUGAAAUUCUACAUGAUCCUGGCUGGCUUGGCAGCACUAGUGUCAUCAGAAAUCGCCACACCGCAGGAAGUGGUGGGAGCCGCGGAGUACGCGUUCACAGCACGACCAGACAGUCAAAUAAAGAAGUAUACUCGUAUUAGGGACGCUAAAGAUUUCUCCAGUCUCCCAGAUAAGUCUAAAGAGCCUCAGAGCAACUUCACAUGGCCAGAGGUAUCACGCUACGAUGGUGAGGACGGCCGUCGCCUGUACAUAGUGGUGGACUGCGCCGUGUACGACAUCACUGAUUUCGGCGACUUGCACCCUGCUGGUCCCGAAGUCCUGAAGAAGCAUGCUGGCCAGGACGCGACGGCAGCCAUGCGUGCCACCAACAUGCCCAGCAUCGUCUACUCGCAUUACAUCAAUAGGUUCCAAGUCGGUUACAUUGUCGAUCCAAAUUCAGAGAAUAGGACUUGUCAACCGAAAGAAGAUUUAAAAAAUGAAUAGAAUAAAUUCUGCGAACGUUCGUUAAUAAAGGAACGCAAACAUUUGCAAAUUAGUGUGCCUAUAUUUUUAAUAUAAUAUUAAUUAAUAUUUACAAUUAAUAUGUAUAUGUAUAAAUAGCAUCAAAUAAUUUUAGAUAGAAAAAUUAAAUUUAU